AUGAGUGUUGAGCUCGAAAAACUUAGGGACAUCCUAAAUACAAAGGGAGGGGUAAACGUUCAAGUUGACGCUAAGAAAACAGAUGAGAGGAGUAGAUUUUCUUACAAAUAUAGGGCUGACAUUUUAACUACAGAGGAAUAUAUCUCUGUCACAUAUGAAGGAGCGAAUCAGAUUGCUAGAACUUUACCUAAACUUGUAAAGGAGAAUACUAAUGGUGGUAAAGGUGUUCCUCUGAAAUACUAUCUCAUGUCUCUGGAAAAUGCCAGAAGAAAGUUAAGAGUCGAUGCAUCCGAAGACAUAUCAUACAAGAAAAUUGAUAAAUGUACCGGACAGAAGGUUUUGCAGUUUUUGGAAGAGCUGAAUGAGAGCAGUCGGAAGGUGUAUGACAUAUACCACGAAAUGAAUCAUAACGGUGCAUUCAUUUCCGAUAAAGCCCUUUCAAGAACUGAAGAGGUCUGGGUCGAGGUCUCUGCACGAGUAUCCAGUUUCAAAACCGAUCUCCUGGAAAUAGUUCAAAAGGUCAGAGCAGGGGAAGAUAACAUUAGUGUCCUGGAAGAGUUUGUGAGUACGAUGAACUCUGAAGAUGUGUCUGCUUCAAAAUACGCGGAGGAAUUAGAACCAUACCUGCUGAGAAUCAGAUGUAUAAGGUCAAUGAUAAGCAAGGGAGUUAAGCACAUCGGUAAGAACGAUGAGCUUGUGAAAGAUGCAAAGGAAAAUACCUUUGUCUUCUAUAUCCCAAGUGGUAGCGAUGAAGAAGCUGUGGAGAAAAAUCGUGAUCUUCUCAUGCGACUUUUGUCUACAUUCUCAGAAGACGACAUGAGUGAAUUCAUUGCGGUAGACCAAGAGAUUGUAUCUACCCAUAUAUGGCCGGAUAAAGUGAAAAGGCCAACCAUCGAGAAAUACGUAGACGGCAUACGUACAUCUGAGGACCUCUACGAGGAAGAGGGUAAAAACCUUGAGGAGUGCUUGAUCCAAGCCCAUCACUUCCUACAAAUGUCCGCCCCAAGGAAACCGGCAUUAGUGAAGCUUAAAUGCCCGAACGCCAUUGUUGGGAAUGGAUGUUGUGCUGGUGACCCGUUAAAAUGGAGAUGUUCCAUAUGCGGGCAUUUAGUCCAUUAUAGUGCAACGAUAAAGAUGUUUUACUGUACAUGUGGAGCAUGGAAUCCCAGGGAUUCAAGAUUUCGCUGCAAUGAUCCACGUCAUGGCUUGAAAUUUAUGAAGUACCCAAAGGACCUCCUGUGGGACGAUCUUUCCAAGCUAAAUCCAAUGAAGGAAGUGAAUAUACUGAUUCUUGGUGAGACAGGUGUUGGUAAAUCCACCUUGAUCAAUGGAAUUCUGAACUACCUGACCUUUCCUAACUUGGCGGAGGCCAUGAAUUCCCAGGAUUUCCCAGUUCUGAUCCCUUUUUCUUUUACCUUGACUCAAGAUGGUGAGCAAAGAGAGAUCAAGGUUGGAGUCGAGGAUUCCAACGAGGUACAGGAAGUAGGGAAAUCAGCAACCAAAGAGCCGCGAUCGUACGUCUUUACUGUUGGUGACAGACGAGUGCGAUUGAUUGACACACCAGGAAUAGGUGAUUGCAGUGGUAUCAAACAGGAUGAAAGAAACAUGCACAACAUAUUAUCUCACCUUACGUUCUACACUGAGAUUAAUGCAAUAUGCAUACUUCUCAAGCCGAACAAUUCUCGCCUUACUGCAAUGUUCCUAUUCUACAUCCAGGAGCUGCUCGUACAGUUGCACAAUUCUGCUAAAAACAACAUUGUGUUCUGCUUCACAAAUGCUCGACAGACUUUCUACCAGCCUGGCGAUACCCUACCAGCCCUUAACAAGGAGCUAGAAAAGAGAAAUGUUGGGAUCAAAGCAACGAAGGAUAAGUACUUCUGCUUUGAUAACGAACCUUUUCGGUUUCUGGCAUGCAUAAAGAACGGUGUCACGUUCGACGAUGGAGAUAUUGCCACCUACUCGUCCAGUUGGGACAAAUCUGUCAAGGAAACGGGACGUCUUCUGAAGUACAUUGAAUGUCACUUGAAGCCGCACAGAGUUAAGGAGACACUUGGCAAGAAUGAGGCUAGAAGGAUCAUCAUAGCCAUGAGCAAACCCUUAGCAGAGGUGGGCAACGCAAUCAAUCACAAUCUAUAUGCAGCAAGAGAAAUAAAUGCUAAAUUUGGUCAUGCAAUUCCUGAAAUCAACACCAUUCUCGACUUUAAAGCAAAGAAGGAAGCAUCCAUUACUGAAAUCAACAAGAAAGUUGAAGAAUUAAAAGCUGAGCAAAAAAUCAUCUUGGCAACUGGAGCAAAGUUUGGAUCGAUCCUGAAGGCAAAUGCUCUCAAUACAUACAACGACGCUGUGGAGGAAUACCUGGAGAUGUGUAUUAAGCAAGAAAAGGCAAAACCAGCCACCCUUCGAAAGGAAGAUUUGCUAGAGAACAUGACUAAAAUGAAAGCAGAAUACAAGAAGCAGAGAGAAAUCGCUGGUGGAGCGAACGAAAAUAUAACGACAGCAGAAGAGGUAAAAGAUCUUCAAGAAGGGCUCUUUAAACUGAAACAUUUUGGUGGCACCCUGAGGAAAUUGUUUGAAGAGAUUUUUCAUGUUCAGCAAGGGGCGUACCAUACGAAGUGGUACACGGCCAACCUCCCAAACGAACAUUUCGAAUGA